UGGACGGUGAAGAUCUAUUCAGUGAACCACAUUUUCGCAGUAUGUGUACAACAACGAUUAAUGCUCAUGAUAUGGAGAAACAACUACAAGAAGCUUGCAGUAAAAUUCUGGAUUCCUUGGCGAUAUAUCAAAAAGAAGGAAGCGGUUGGAUCCUAGAUGAAAUACUUCAUUUAGACCUAAACCUGGCUAAAUAUACUCCACUCAAAGGUUCCAGUUAUAUUCCUCUACCGAAAAAGUUGAAAACUAAGAAAGCCAUUAUUAACGUCAAGAACACAGAUAAUAAAUGUUUUAUGUGGUCAAUCCUCGCUGCUCUACAUCCAGCCGCUCAACAUGUGGACAGACAAUCCCAUCACAUACAAUUUGAACAUGAAUUAGACUUCAGUGGUAUCGAGUUUCCUGUCACAAUUGAUAAGAUUGGAAAAUUUGAAAGUCAAAAUAACAUCUCAGUGAACGUGCUUGGUUUUGAAGAUGUACUCUUUCCCAUUUAUAUUACAAAAGAACAUUUUGACACCCAUGUGAAUUUAUUGCUAUACUCCAAGGAAACAAGCAGGCAUUACUGUCUCAUCAAAGAUCUGAAUAAAUUGCUCUACGACCAGAAUCGUAAAAAGGCCCGUAUGUUUUACUGUCGUUACUGUCUACAUGGAUUUAUUCGAGAAGACCUUCCACAAGAUCAUGAGCCCCACUGUUGUCGACAUGGAGCCCAGCGUAUGGAGUUACCGAGUGAAGACAAUGCUUCACUCUAUUUCAAAGAUUAUCACAAACAACUCAAGGUACCAUUUGCUAUUUAUGCUGAUUUUGAAAGCGUCACAGCAAAGAUCGAUUCAGCAACUCCCGAUCCAACUAAAUCAUCUACCGAGAAAUACCAGCAUCACCAACCUUGUGGAUUUUCGUAUGUUGUCGUAUCAGAGGCAGAACAAUAUUCCAAGUUGCCCGUUGUGUAUCAUGGUGAGGAUGCUGUGGAUAAGUUUCUCGAAUGUUUAGAGACAGAACGGCAAUACAUCGAAGAAAAACUUAGUUUCAUCGAGCCGAUGCGCAUUGAGAACGAAGAAGAACAGAUGUUUCAAAAGGCCAUUAACUGUCAUAUCUGUGGUUUUGAAUUGGGCGCCGACCGAGUUCGCGAUCAUUGCCAUCUCACAGGAAAGUAUCGUGGAGCCGCACACAACGAAUGUAACUUGAACUAUAGUUUUACUGGACGCAUUCCUGUCAUUCUGCAUAAUCUUCGUGGUUAGGACUCCCACCUGAUUAUGCAAGGUCUUGGAAAGCUAAAGAAUAAGGAGAUCAACUGCAUCCCCAACAAUAUUGAAAAGUAUAUUUCCUUUUCCAUCGAUAAACUAGAUUUUAUUGACUCACUUCAGUUUAUGAACGCUCCCCUCGAACGGUUGGUGUCUAAUCUUUCAAAGAGUGGCGUAGAUAUGUUUCCAAUUCUCCAGAAACACACUGAAGCUGAAAGAGUACCAUUGCUUCUGCGGAAAGGCGUAUAUCCCUAUGACUACAAGGAUAGUGUGAAAAAGUUUGAUGAAGAAACUCUGCCUCCUAAAGAAUGCUUCUACAGUAUUCUAAAUGAUGAACACGUUACAGAUACUGACUACAACCACGCUACUCGCGUCUUCGAGGCUUUCGGCUGCCAAAGUAUGGGAGACUAUCAUGACUUGUACUUAAAAUCGGACAACAUCUUGCUGAUGUAUUUGAAAACUUCCGAAACGUCUGUCUAA